UAAAUCAACCGUUGAACCGAUAACAGCAAAGCCCCAGUGCUUUGUCGCCGAAGAGAGAGAGAGAGAGACAGCGAUAGAGAGGAUAAUGUGAAAAAAGCAAAGGCUAACCAAAAGGAAAAUUUAAAGAAACAAAUUCUUGUGUAUCAUUACAUAUAACUACCUAAAAGAUUAAACAAUUAAAUAGUUAAUUUAAAUCAAAGUUUAUUCGAUGGUUUAUAAUUAGUACGUAAAGUUAAAAAAAAGAGUUUUACAAAUGCAAAAAAAAAACAUGUGCAAAUAAAAACCCCACCAACAAAAACCCAACAAAUAGACUCUCAUCUUUGACCCGCGGUAGUUUUUCUGUAUGCAUUUCUCCCCCCCUUUCGAUAGACAACCUUCUUCGGUUGGUGUCAGUGGCAGUAUGAGUUGAAGGCAAAGCUUUAAUUUUUGUGUGCGUGUUCGUGUGUGCAUGUGUGAAGUUUUAAUUAAUGGAAAAUUAUAAUUAUAGACAAUUCCAGUUUUUUCUAUAGUCAAAGAAAGUGUAUUUUCAACAUAAGUAUGUUUACACACUUCUUACUUAUGUGUAUGUAAAAUAAUUUUAUAAAAACUUAAUAACAAUCACUGAACAACUUAAAUAUGAGAAAAAACGCAAACAAAUAACUGAAAUUGAAACAUAAUUGCGGGGAGCUGUUACAAUAACAACGAGAACAACAACCAACCAUACGAGAUAAUUUGCCAAAAAAAUUGUUCUAUGCGCAUUAUCAACACAAACAACAACAAUCAAACCUCAAUGUUUUAUUAGAUCGACCUAACUUUUGCUACGGCGGCUUUUGGAUUAUAAUUGAUAAACUAAUUAACAGCCGCAGAUCCAUUAUCAUAUGCAAAAAACAACAUUAUGUUGGUGUUGUACUAUACCCACACCAUCCUCUUUUGGUUAGGACUGGUGAGUUUCAAUCUGUCGGAGGGUCUGUUGAAACAAUUACAUCAAUACGAUUUGGAACAUUUGCCAAUAGAGGUUUGCAUAGCCCGUUGUUUGGGAUCGCUGAAUGAAGCUUCCAUGUUUUCAAGGCCAUUUGCAAAUCAGCCUGCGGAAGAGACUAAGUCCGUUAAGAGGCCUCUUGAACUGUGCAUCGACUAUUGUUCCAAGCAAAAUUCCGACUACCAACAAACCAACGAAACAGUGAAACAGGCUUACGACAACUAUAGCCUGAAUUUAAUCUGCCGCGAUGAGAGCAGCUUAAAUUUUAAAAUAAAUUUACAUACAUCGCCUAGCAAUGAGAAGAAACAGUGGCGCACCAAUUCGCCGGAUGUGACGGCAAACAGUAGUUCGGUGUCCUCAACAGCGCCCCCGGCUGAAGUUCCAACAGCAUCAUCAUCAAAACUUUUAACCAGCGAUGCAAAGGAUACUGUGGUGUUUGUCAUUAUAAUGCAUUCAUCCAAUAUAAGCGACAAGGUUUUUGUAUAUUUGUCAGAUGAAAACUUUUUCACCAUCGAUGGACUGACACCCAAUUGCACUUUCAAUAUAUCUGCCCUGGCUGUUCAUUCGUCGAACACGUAUUCUGUCAUUGCCAGUCAACAACAAUACCAGACGUUGCGACGUGGCUACACGCCGGGAAAUGUCACCGAUAUAAAAGUCUCGGAUUUCGUGGAAGAUACCGUGAAUCGAACCCAUCUGUCGGCAGUACUGACAUGGAGGCCACCGCCAGAUUUGACAUGCCAUUACGACAUCAUCUGUUUUUCACCCGAGAGUGCAGAUUAUGAUGUACAACCUCUGGAAAUACGUGAUCCACGCGAGUUGUUCAAAUACCAAUUGGAAAACUUAACCUUUUCUUCUGAAUAUCAAGUUGGCAUUCGUGCCCGGAAUUCAAAGAACAUGAAAGAAAGUGCACUCUCUUGGAAAACCUUUCGAGCUCCAUCCUGCUUGGAAUGGCACAACCACAACUUUAACAUAUGUGCACCCGAAACACCACAAAAUUUGAGUGUUGAACAGGCUAUGAUAGACCGAAACAUUUAUACGCUUAACAUAACAUGGGAUGCACCAACAUAUCAGCCUGAUAGUUAUACCUUGUAUACCACGGAUCUCUCACCAUUGGGUAAAAGACAGAAGUUCAAUGUUUCGAGGGAUAUGCAUAGUUUCUUCAUAGAUGGCAUCGAAAUUUAUGGGUUAUGGUUUGAAGUGCGUCUGACAGCAACAACUUUGGGUGGAAGUUCAACUGCAGCAGUAACCGAAGUUACGAGUACCAUCAGCCAUAUUCCAGAGAAAAAUCCUCUGGUUAAGGUGAUUGCAGCUGUUGUGGCUCCAAUAUUUUGCGUUGUCAUACUAUCGAUGACCAUCUUCAUGAUAUACCAUCGAAAGGCCAAAUUGAAACGCUACCAAGAAAGGUGCAAAUACUUUGAGGAACUGGAAAAGAAAGCCCCCACUGAUCCAAAGGACAAUUUUGAUUUCAUGCACACUUUUAACGUCAACGAUAAAAAGCCACCCACUGAUAUCUUAAAUAUGUCACUAGACUCCCAGCUACACGAAAAUACAGCGUUGUUCAAUGAUGAAAUGGAAAUUAAUAGAAGCCAAUUGACAUUGUAUGAGGUCUUGGGCGAAGGAGCCUUUGGCCUGGUGAAACGCGGCAUUUAUAAGGAUAGCAAAAUGAGUACAAGCUAUGAAGUGGCUGUGAAAAUGUUGAAAGAUCAUCCUAGCGGCGAUGAAAUUCGUGCCUUUCGCCGUGAAAUUGAAGUUAUGAAAUCCGUGGAAAAACAUCCCAAUAUUGUGGGUAUUAUUGGUCAUUGUACUCGCUCUAGCAAUGCAAUGAUGCUCUUGACGGAAUAUUGCCGCUUUGGUAAUCUAUUGGAUUUCUUAAGAGACGAAUGGCGAUUUUUGCAUGAACUUCAAAGACGAAGACCCUUAUUUGGCUUAACAACAUUGGAAGUCGAGCUACCCUAUAUUGCCGGGAAACGUCUUCAAAAACUGUCGGCAUUCAAUUUAUUCAUAGAAGACGAGUUGCCAUCGCCCCCACCACCACCAACACCGCCAUCUUCUCCUCCUCCACCUGCUGCUCCAUCAUCAAUUAGCUGGGCUAGUGAAGAAACGAAUUCACUACAAAAUAUCCCUCCCAAGAAAAGCAACCAAGGUCAUAAGAGCAUGGUCAAGGAGCUUAUUUUCGAAAAAGCCAACAUUAGUCAAAAUGUCAUUGAGAAGUUCAAAAGAAAAUAUAAUGAGUUAAAUAAAAAUGGCCAAAACAAUGGCAUGCAACAGAGCAUAGAGAACAUUGGCAGUAUGAGCAUGGCUAUGGCAUUGUGCACAACAUCAUCGUCCAAGGAGCUGAAAUUGUUGCAAGGCUUGGCCCAGCAGCAAAAUGCGUUCUCAUCCGAAUUAGGCUCACCGGCUGCGGAGAACAAAUCCUAUGGCUAUGAAGGAUGCUGCACUAAUUCCUGCAAAUGCAAUGUUGAUGUUAUCAUCACAAACAUCGAUGCCACUGAGUCCAGAAGCAGGGAGCAGGAGGAAUUGAGCCGCCUUUUGGCACAACAAGAAGAAGUGGAGCAACAAGAACCAAGGGUCUAUAGCCCGAAUAAAGGAAAAUUAAGCAACAACACUAUUAUUGCCAUUAAAAAUUGCGAUUGCAGACACCAGUUGACUGCUCAAUCGCCCCAUAAACCACAACGACCAACCCUUAGGUGUCAUGCAUCAGCAGAUAAGCCUAGCUCUGGACCUCAUGAGAAUAUUCCUCACAAAGGAGCAGUGGAAAAUACCACGUAUUUCAAACUAUUCAACAGCACCAGCAGCAGCAGUACAAAAAAUUUAAAGUCCUUGCCUGUAGGCAAGGCCAGCAAAUCUCCCUCACCCACCCCACUGGGCCCACGUUUGAAUGAUGACGAUGAUACAUGGCAGACAACACGAAUACCAUUGACGGCCGGUGAUUUACUAGAUAUUGCUAGGCAAGUAGCCGUUGGCAUGGAUUUUCUGGCGAAAAAUAAAGUUGUGCAUCGUGACCUUGCGGCCCGCAAUGUCCUGGUGGCUCCAGAUCGAACUGUGAAAAUAGCUGAUUUCGGCUUAAGCCGAGACAUUUAUCAAGAAAAUAUUUACAAAAAGACUGGCAAUGGAAAAUUACCCAUCAAAUGGCUGGCAUUGGAAUCCUUAACCCAUCAAGUCUAUACCACACAAAGUGAUGUUUGGUCCUAUGGCAUUUUACUUUACGAAAUUGUGACACUAGGAGCCACACCAUACCCUUCAAUACCCACAAAUCGUUUGUUGCACCUGCUCAAGACUGGCUACCGCAUGGAAAAGCCAAAGAAUUGCGGCCAAGAAUUCUAUGACUUAAUGAAUUCCUGCUGGUACAGUGCACCAAGCGAACGACCAACUUUUAAUGAAAUCAUAGGAAAGUUAAACGAAAUGCUUUUGGAAUUGCAAAAAAGUGAGCAACCAUCGCAAUAUCCUUUGCAGUUGGAUGCAACCGCACAGGAAACACAUGCUCAAAAAAAGUUUAAGACUGACGAUGCAAGUAAACAAGAUAGCCCCAUGCAACAGCUAUGCACUGAUGAUUCGUAUUUGAAACCUUUAUAAAUGAGAUACAAAGGGAAAUGAAAAGCUUUUGAUGGAAGUCAAAACCAAUGUCAACGCCAAUGUUAAUGAUGUAUGGACAAUAGAAUAUCCUGUGGUACUCAUAUCAUGCAAAGGAUACUGAACCCCAGUAAUCAUUGUGAAUAUGAUAAUUAAUGCAAUUAUAUUCACUGCAAAGCAAUUUCUCGCAUGUAUGCAGUCUCUACUUCUUGCAAUUACCUCCCCCUAACUACCAAUUCUGACAACUCUUAAUGGACAAUAUGUGUAGCUUUAAGAAUUUUUACCAUUUUAAUAGAUUUUAAGUGUAUAUAUAUGUACGUAUUUAUUUUAGCUGUAUGUAUAUGUCAUGUCAUGUGCUCGUACUUACUUACAUUGUGAUUUGAAUGUCCUUUGGAAGAGACAUAAACUUUUAAUAAAACCAUCACCUGAUAUACCAAUGGGCAUUGCAA